CUUGACUGUUUUUUAUAUAUUGUUGUUGUUAUUGUUGUUGUUAUUAUUAUUAUUAUUUACCCAUAUUGGAGGAUAGGAGAAGUCUAUAAGUGGGUUGCAAAAAAAAAAAGGAAUCUUCUUCACUCUAAAUCACUUUCUUUGCUGGACUGGGAUAUUAAAUAUACGACACAUCCAGGAGUUUAUUGGAGCGCAGACUGAUGGCGCAAAGGUACGAUGAGCUGCCCCACUACGGCGGGAUGGACGGAGUAGGGGUGCCGGCGUCCAUGUACGGGGACCCCCACGCCCCCCGGCCGAUCCCCCCGGUGCACCACCUCAACCAUGGGCCGCCGCUCCACGCCGGACAGCACUACGGCGCCCACGCCCCGCACCCCAAUGUCAUGCCGGCCAGCAUGGGCUCCGCUGUCAACGACGCUCUGAAGAGGGACAAGGACGCGAUCUACGGGCACCCGUUGUUCCCCCUCUUAGCUCUGGUCUUUGAGAAGUGCGAGCUGGCGACCUGCACGCCCCGGGAGCCCGGCGUGGCCGGCGGGGACGUCUGCUCUUCCGACUCCUUCAACGAGGACAUCGCCGUCUUCGCUAAACAGGUCCGCGCCGAAAAACCACUUUUUUCUUCAAAUCCAGAGUUGGACAAUUUGAUGAUCCAAGCAAUACAAGUACUAAGGUUUCAUCUUUUGGAAUUAGAAAAGGUUCAUGAAUUGUGUGAUAAUUUCUGCCAUCGGUACAUUAGUUGUUUGAAAGGAAAAAUGCCAAUAGACCUCGUUAUUGAUGAAAGGGAUGGCAGCUCCAAAUCAGACCAUGAAGAACUCUCAGGAUCUUCCACAAAUUUAGCCGAUCAUAAUCCUUCAUCUUGGAGAGACCACGAUGAUGCAACCUCAACGCACUCGGCAGGCACACCAGGGCCCUCCAGCGGGGGCCACGCUUCCCAGAGUGGAGACAACAGCAGCGAGCAAGGUGAUGGUUUAGACAACAGCGUAGCCUCACCUGGUACAGGAGAUGAUGAUGACCCAGACAAGGACAAAAAGCGUCAGAAGAAAAGAGGCAUUUUCCCCAAAGUAGCAACAAAUAUCAUGAGAGCGUGGCUUUUCCAGCAUCUCACAUUACACAGGGACACUUUACUGCAUGAUCCAACAUUUCUUCCGAAAGAGAGGUGCUUCUUGUGUUGGUAUGAACUUCUCUGUGGAUGAUGGGAUGAACUGCAGAGUUUUAGGGUAAUCCUAAGAAUUCCACAUUGUUUCACAUAAUAUGCCCACUUACACCUCAAGUUUAAACAGCCUAGAACCUAUGCACUUGUUGUAUGGUGGCCAUGAAAUGCCAAGCAAACACUUCUCAGACCGAAAACCCCACUACUUAAUGCAUAUCUAACCAAAACAUUUGUAGAUAAUUUACUGCUAUAAUUAAUCUUAGCUGUCCUGGCUUUUAUGAACUUACAUCCCACAAUGCUCUUGGAUGCAACCAACCUUGUGGGAAAAGGGGCUCUUGCCAUUUUCUCUCCCUUUUAUUCCCCAUAAGUUGUCCAUUUAGAAAGCAAUAAUGCUUCAAAGGAACCAGUGCAAAACAAUAUGUGCAGCAGGAGAAUAAAAUAUCUACAAAUGAGCAGGACUGUGGUGAUUUUCUAGAAUGGGUACAAAUAGACAUAACCAUAGAGCUAUGAAACUAUCAUGAGUUUGGCUCCUGGGGUCUGAAGCCCCAGCUGAAAAGAUAAAAUAUUGCACUCUUCAAUUCAGCAGUGCUCUAACAUCCUCUACUGCAUCCCAAACAAUCUCUGCAGUAAACUUCUUGCUGAGACUGAAAACUCUUUAAAACAAGGCCUGAGGACUCAUGAGCUUUCUACUCAGUACCCUUUAGGCUCACUCCAUGAAAAAAUAUCUUGCCUAAAAGAGGCCAAAUAUCACACAACAGAGCUGGUGGGAAAUUCAAACUGUUCUAAGCAAAGAAGUCAAUAGAGCUGCUGUAGUGAAAGGUAAUGUUCAGAGUGAGAUCACCGUGUUAUGAUCUCAUGCUGAACAUCGGGACUGGUUUUUUUUCUUGAGGAUUAUGAAACUAGCCUGAGGCCAGUCUGGUGAGAGUCUGAGAAAGAUACAGAAGGAUGUUUGGAGAGCCUGGACUAUCAGGGCCCUUAUUCCCCAAAAAGGGCAACAGAGGCUGAAAAAGAUGAGACAAACGAGAGCUGUAUUGUUAUUUCCAGUGCUCUUUUCAUCCAUCCCAAAAAUACAAGAUCUAGCCCUAGACAGAGAAUGUGUAUACUGAAGCAGUGAAUAAGCACAGGCUGCAAAGAGAUAAGAGGAGAAAUUACUGAAGAGGAACAAAACACCUUGCAGGAAUAAUGGAAUUCAGCAGCCAAACCCCAGUCAUUUAGACUGUAGAACAAUCUGGGGAAGUGCCUUUGCUUAGCAAUUUUAAAACUAGACUCCAAAAAAACAUUUGAAGGUAUACUGCUGAGAAACAUCUUGCAUUCCUGAGCUUACACUAAAGUAAUGUUGCCUGGAGGUUUUCUCAUAUUUUCGUGUUUUCUUAUUAAUGAUUAAAAACUGAAAAGUAUCUUGAAAUUAGAGCUGUUUUCAGAAGGAAACCUUCCCAAAUUUGGCUUCCUUCAGGUUUAAGUUUAUGUUGUAUUUGUUUCAACUUUUGUAAUGAUGUUUCAUUUAUCUGUCAGUGGAAAAAUUAUUGCAAAAUUAACUUACAAAGUCAAACUAGAAAUGGGAUUGAGACACAAAUUGAAAAACUAAGCUUAAGAGUAAUAUUUAAUUACUAUUCCUUCAGGCACUGGGAGUGGAUACUGAAGGUCAGCCAGGCUUGGGCUCUGUCAAACUGACAAAGAAAGCAACUUUGUAUUGAGUAACUUAUGUAAAAAACACCUCACUUUCAGAUAUUCAGAGGCAGAGACUGUCACAAUACAUACAGUGCUCUCUAUUCAGAACUCGUGAAGCUUCAGCAAUAUCUGGGUAAGGUACAGGUCUGAAAUCAACCCAUACUCAGAUUAGUCUUCACCAAAAUAUCUGACAUCUGCUCCAACAUUUACUCUAUGAAAUAUCAAUUCAAAACACCAAAAAUUGUUUGAGCAUUCAAAAUACAAAUGUUGAUUUUUAAGGUCAUGGAUCCAAUGGAAAUUUAAUAUAAAAUGGAGUUGAUUAUGGAUUUACACAGAAGUUUGAAUGCCAAAAUGGGUGAAAACCAUAGCUUUUUUCACCUGCUUUUCACUUACAGACAUUUAUGGCAAUUUGAUGCCAUGAUUUAAAAACAAAACUUGGGCCCUCAGAGAGGCAGAAUGACCGCAAGAAAAUAUUGACUGAGUGCCUGCUGUCUUCAACUGCUGAAUUUCACUCACAGCUUUCCUCAAAAGUAUCAGGAAGAAAGAGAUUAUAUUUUCAAUUUGAAAUGAAAUUUUACUCUUGAAUAUUAUAAUAAUGUAACUGUGAGGUUCCAUGUUCAUCUCAAUGUCUUCCAGAUCAAAUGAACAUCACUUUCAUGGCAGAAAAAUGUUUGGGUUUUUUUUUUCUCUUUUUUAAAAAAUUUUUUUCCUCCUUCAUUUCCAAAAUUAGAAAUUUAGCCUUGGAUCUUAGAUCCAAGUCGGAUUCUUUCGGCUCAUUUAUUGGUAGUCACAAGGAUUAUAUGAUAACAGUACUGUUGCAUUACAAUGGUAAAGCUAUGCAAUUACAAUAAUAAAUAGACGAUGGAUUGGCCAGAAAAAAAGAUCCCAUUUUCUUGCCUACAGCUAGACUGGCUUUAUGAAGAAAAAUAUCACAAACUUCUAUUAUGGAUUGAAGUCAAUGGCAUUUUUUUGUCAGCAGAGAAUCAAAUGCAAUUCAGACACACAGGAACAUAAAUCUGUUCAGUAAGUCAGUCACUUUUCAGAACACUGCUGCUUAGUUUUGUUAGUAUUUUUCUUCUUUUGGGUAUUUUUUUCUGUCUGGUACAACACAGGAUUAGUAAGUCAGGCAUGUUUGGAAGGUUUUAAAGAAGUGAAGCAACAGGACAAAGAUCUCUUCCUCUUAACUAUACUUCCUAGGAAUGGGCUUACAUACCCAUUUUAAAGAUGCCAUAGGCAUGACAGGCCUUUUUUAGGAUUUUCAUAUGCGGUUCAGAAGUUACCUGCUUGAGAAAUGAGAGCAGGAGCUUUCUGUGGCUGCAUGUUGGAAUCCUCUUAGCUGCAAAAGCAGUGAAAACUGACCUUUGCUCUCCAAACAAGGAGUCUUCUGGCAUGGAGCUUAGUUUUCCUACUGCUCUUCACAACUGUAAAUAAUGUUAGUAUACCCUAAAUUCAGAGCAUGCAGCACUUUACAUUACUAUUGUGUAUCUUAAAAUAAACAACAUUGCAAGCUGUUUAUUUUGGUGUUACUAUGUAUGCAUUUUUUAAACAGUGGUUACUUAAACAAACGUCUCUGUUCCCACAGCACUUAAAAGCUGCUGUUUGCUCAUUGUGGUUUUUGGGUUUUGUCACUUUUGUUUUGAUUGUUUCUGAAAAUCACACUGGAGGAUACAGAAGACAGGAGUAAGUUGUACUUGUUCCAAGCAAAUGCUUCAUGUCACAGCUUUUUCUUUGUGCCAGUUUUUCUCAUGUUCCUAGCAGAAAUAAUUUUGGUUUAGCUCAAAUGUAGAGAUCACCAGUAUUCCAGAUUAGGUGGCAACUGUACUCAAAUGCAUUUCUGCAGGCCAGUCAGGUCAUGCAUUUGUUUGAAUUUGACCCUGAGAUAGCGUAAUUGUUUUAAUGACAUUAGUACUGAUUAUUUAUUCAUUGCUCAGCAAAACAAAAGGUGCAGGGGAUGAGAAUUUAGGGAAUUGAGGGUUUCCACAUCUUCUUUCAUCCUCUCUCAUCAGUCUUCAUUCAUCCACCCUAGAAACCUCAAGUGCAGAGCAAACUUCUGUGGUUGGAAAUGCAGAUAGGAUGUUGAUGAAAAAGCCAUUAUCAGACAUCAACCUUUCAAAGCUACAUUGCCACAGCUUUGUGGCCCUCUACCUACACAGGGAGCUCAGAGGACACUUGCUGGUCUGACACUGUUCUGCUAGAGGGCUCGGUGAUCUACACUGUUUUUCACCUGUAGCAAUGAGCUUUUGGUGAUGGCUCUGCUCCUUGCUCUGCUGUGUAUACUGUUCUCGUGGCGUAAUUGGCUAAAUCUUAGAGAAAGAUUAAGGAAAAAGCUUAUUUCUCCUUUCCCUCACUCUCCCUAUCUUUGUGAAAGGUGUCUAUGCUACCUCAUGAUUGUGGUAGUUAUUCCAUAGUCGCCCUGUUCCACUUUGCCAUUUUUUGCUAGGUAAUCUUCCAUCAGUCCUCUUUGCUGAGAAAGAAAAAUACUUAUCUGAGUCUGUAGAAUUGUGUCUUAAAGGACCAAGAAAUCAGAGGCUUCCUCUGUAUGAAUAUCGCACCAUUAUAAGGAAAACUGAGGAUAGCAUAGCAAGGCCACCAUCAGAAUUUCUUAGCAGAGGCAACAGUGGUAGGUUGAGGGGUAUGUGUUAUUAAAAUGGGUGGUCAUCUUACCAGCUUCUGCCCUCAUUUUGGAGUCAAAGUGUGCCUGGGCAGUCAUGAAAGUCCUGAGGUGAUUCCUGUGUGGAAAAGGUUUAGCAGGAGUGCUCCAACAAACAUGGGAGGUAGCACUAAACAGUAUCAGGUACUGGACUAGCUCCAUCCAGCCUUGAGAUCAGAACAGCAGAAAGGUUUGGUUUCCUUGUGCUUGGAUACAGCUGAGAACUGAGCCCGAAUUAUUCAUUUGUAGAACUUGUAAAUGUUGACUGUCUUUUUGCAACAGAAAGUAAUUUCUUCACUCAACUGCUAAUUGCCCCAUGAUUUUAAUCAAGUAAGAUUUUUAGAUAAGGAAAAUUAGUGUUUGAGAAAAAUUUUGAAUGCAGUUAUUUUGUAACUUGUGUAUACUGUAAACCAGUUUGUCCUCCUUAAUUAUGGUCUUCAAAGAUAAACAGGUUGAAGGGUGUGUUGCAGUCCUUGGCACAAAUAUAGCAUAUUUCAGUGCUUUGUUGAGCAAGCUGCGUGUUUUUGAGUAAGAAAUAAAAAGUUACUUGCAUUUUCUAAUGAAGUUAAGGUUUAUUAUUUUUUAUUUAUAGCUCAGCAGGUGUUGAUUUGCAGCAUUGUGUAAAUGUUCAUUUGCUUCUGGACUUCAAUACACUGGAUAACCCCUGCUUUCUCAGUAGAGCUAUGUGACAAUUAAGGAUGAGAGGAGCAUUUGAUAGAAAAGAGGCCAACAGCACAGCAGUCCAACAGCAGUGGGACUAUGUUAUUCUAUCUACUGAACGAGGACAGUACAAUAUACCAGUGUACCACAGCUUUCCUUUUCACUCCAAACCAUUCCAUCUAAUUUACAGAGCUAUUAAUUUGUUUGCUUGGUUUUUUUCUUUUCACCUGCUGAUAAUUUUUCUCCUAAUCAGCCAUGAGUCUUCCACUGCUUUUCUUCUGCUUCAAUGCUAAUAUAUACAUUUUAAAGUUUUGCAUGCUUUUUUUUAGUCUAAAUACUAUGCCAACAAUCUAAUUUGUGACUGAAAUUACUAACAUCAUUUACAUCUGUAGGUGAACAUUACACCUCUUCUAUCUGAGAGACAGAAGAUGGCAGAAUGAUUAACAUUUUAAAUGCUGUUCACAGAAAUGGAAACUACUAAGUGGCAGCAAAAUUUAGUGAGAAGGAGCAGGUAGCAUUAAAUAUUUUAGAAGUAUUCUAAGAAGUGGUUUUUUCUUAUUUUUCACGAAAUAAAAUCUGCUUUAUUGGCCAGACAAAUGCUCCACUGAGCCAGAUAAGGGUCAGCAGUGAGUGGUGAUGAGGCCAAGAAAUGGUGCAAGUGUAGGAAGAUCCCAGAAGUCCCAGUAUGUUCUCCAGGCUUCUAGUGGGCAGAAGUUUAAAGACUUUCCGAGUUGGAAGUUUAUAUCCAGAGUGUAAUGCUUAAGAGCCACUGAUGCAUUUACAUUUUAUUUUUGGGCCUGCUAUGGACCAAACCAUAUAUUCAUGAGCUACAGUGGGAAGAGCUUAAUUUUGGAUUAUUUGAAUCAUUGAGGACAUUUAUUGGACUAUUUUCUGAUGUGGAAUUGGAAUGGGACAUUCGAAUAAGCUUUACAUUUCUUGAUGUGUGGAUCUAACUUUCUAAACUGUAUUAUAAAAAAAGAAGAAGAAAGAGAGAGAGCGAGGAUAUCAGUUUACACCUGAUUUUAAAUUAAACCUGCUUUCUUUCAUGUAGUAACAGGAAAAACUUAGCAGCUCUGCAGUUUUCUAAGAAAUUGUCUUGAAGUGUCGGGAAAAUUUUUUCUUCUUCAUUUGAAGGGAACCCCAAUUAAAACUCUAACCAUUCCAUGUCUUUUCAGUGUCCUAUUCUCCAUUGCUGUUCUUCACAUGAUUGAUUCUGGCAAAAUAAAACACUGAUCAGCCCAUACAUUUGAUAGAGCGCUUUUAAAUAAAUAUCCCCGCUGUGUCCUGGUAGAAACCAUUCGCACAGCUUUGACAUAACCUAAUCAUGUGCAAAGCUAAACCUUGAGUAGCUAGUUCUUGCAGACUUUUUUUUCUUUUUUUUUCCCCUUUUUCCCCUCCCUUCUUCUUCGCAUGGCCCCUUCGGAGCUGCUGGAGGGCGUUGUUGAGAAGUUGCUACCGUUGAUACAGUUGCUAUUAAUCACAGUCUGCCGUGUUGUGACGCAGGUUCUAAUAACAUCCCAUUGAGCUGCCCUUGUAUGCUGGAGGCUUACCAACAGCACUCGGCCUUUGAUAUUCAUCUCACACCAGGAUAAAGAAAAUGUAGAGUUAAAAAAAAAAAAAAACAAAAAAAAAACCCAACUGCAAAUAGGCAAAGAACAAAAAAGGGGGGAAACAUAGCAAAAUCAAAAACAGACACGCUUUCUGUGUGCUGCUUCGUUUACCAUGGGAGCAGCAAAGCUAUAAAUCUCUGCUGUGUUGUUUGAAAAUUGAACAUGAGGCUGCUAAAUUUAUCAUUCAUUCUUUGUUGUUUCUGGGUAGUAGCUGCCUGACUUGGCUGACUUUGGUUUCUGUCCCCUCCUCAAUAACAAUUUUUGUUGUCAUCGUUGUUUCAAUACAUUACACACGCAAAUCAAAAUUUUACUGGAUCAAAGAAUAUUGGAGGAUUUAGUAAAGUGCUCAUAAAGGGGAGGAGGAACAAAUUUGCUGCAUGUUACACAUCAUGCUUCCUUGGCAACUGACUCCCUCACAUUCAUAAUUACAGGAACAUAAUUUUUAAAAAGCAGCAUGGGCGGGGGGAGGGAGAGGGAGCACUUCCUUUGGUUAAAGACAUUCACAACUUUUAAAAUAUGUGAGUCUUUGAAAAUUAGAAAAAAAAGUUCACCCAUAUGCUCUGUAAAGAUUAAACCUGGAGCCUGAUAGAACUGCACAAUCACCUUCUUUUGUUAGCACUUCUUGUCCAUGUUGAACUGCAAAGAAAAAAAGGUGGAAAGCAAGCCUGCUACAGAUGUGACUGGCUA